AUGGGAAACGCAACCGUCUCGCUCGCACCUAUCGCUGCUACCAGGCUCCGGCCCCCGCCCGCAGGGUGCCGGGCAGCGCGGCGGGCGGGGAAUCCCGGGCAGGCGGGGCCGGGCGCGGCUGAGUUGGUUCACCUAGCCAUUAUCCACUGUGUCCCAGCUGUGGCACUCUGUUGUAUCGCUCAGCUGCCCAGGGAAGUGCUGGAGAUCCAGAAUGAUCUUUUCCAGACCCCACUCCACCUGGCCGUGUACCUGGAGCAGCCCAGUGUCAUCCAGGCACUGAUGCACAAGGGAGUGAACCCCGGUCUGCAGGACCGCAACGGCAACACGCCGCUGCACCUGGCCUGCGAGCAGCAGUGCCUGCGGUUGGUUCACCUAGCCAUUAUCCACUGUGUCCCAGCUGUGGCACUCUGUUGUAUCGCUCAGCUGCCCAGGGAAGUGCUGGAGAUCCAGAAUGAUCUUUUCCAGACCCCACUCCACCUGGCCGUGUACCUGGAGCAGCCCAGUGUCAUCCAGGCACUGAUGCACAAGGGAGUGAACCCCGGUCUGCAGGACCGCAACGGCAACACGCCGCUGCACCUGGCCUGCGAGCAGCAGUGCCUGCGGUGUGCCCAGCAGCUGCUGCAGGACACAGGCCAGCCCCACCGGCACCACCAGGACCUGCAGCUCCAGAACUGGCAAGGCUUGGCAUGUCUGCACAUCAGCACCUUGAAGGGGAACAUCCCAAUGAUGUCUCUGCUGCUGCAGAGGGGUGCUAACAUCGAUGUUCGGGAGGGCACAAGCGGGAAGACCCCACUGCACCUGGCUGUGGAGUGCCACAACCGCAGGGCUGUCCAGUUUCUGCUGCGCCACGGGGCCUACGUGGAUGCCCAGAUGUACAACGGGUGCACCCCGCUCCACCUGGCCGUGGGCCGCAGGGACGCUGCCAUCGCUGCCAUCCUCUCGCACUCCGGGGCUGACACCCUGCUGAGGAACAUGGAGAAUGAGACAGCCCAGGACCUGGCUGAUGGCAACGAUGAUCUCCUCGCCUUGCUGCCCUUUGAUGACCUGAAGAUCUCAGGGAAGCCUGUUGUGUGCUCUGAAUGAGCCUCUGGACUCCUUUGGCCCCUUGGGCUGCCUCCUCGCUCCAUGCUGCUGCCCUGCUGCCCCCUGAGACCUUGUCUGCCUGCAGUUCCAUGAGAGCAGAGCCACUUUGGGAGACUUAUCCCCCCCUGCCUCCUCUUUGGAAGAGUUUUGUUGCCCUCAGGCUGCCUUUGCAGAGGGAAGAAGGUGGCACUAUGAGCACUACACAGGGGAGGCUUUUCUUGUAGUAUUUGUGCCCAGCAGCAGAACUGAAUUUCCCCACCCUGACACGGUGGGAGUCUCCAGCUUACACAGAGAAGGAGCAGGAGAGGACUCCUUUUCACACUGUGUAGUAGACGGAGCAUCCUCGGCACCCCCAAAACACCAUCAGUGUAAGUGUGGGGUGAGGAGAAUUAACACUCUAAUAAACAUUUGUUCUGGC